CCGACCGAAUGUGCACAGCUAUAUAACCGCCCGUUCUCACUAAAUCUUGCGAAUUGGCAUCACCAGUUACGAACGCGCACCCGCAGUCGCCAAGAUGCGCUGCAACACGCUGCUCAACGGCGCACUGCUGCCGCUGCUCCUAGCACAAGCCGCGCAGUCUGCAGUCCUCCCCCCAUCACCCGACCGAGACCCCUCGCCCAACAUCCUCGACUACCUCGACACGCGCUCGAGCGCUGCGUCCUCGGGCUGCGCAUUCACCGUCGCAAGCGGCAGCCUCGUGUUUCCCGGUGCGCGGAUCAGCCACUCGCCGGCCGGACACAUCGACUGCACGACGCGCCUCGCGUUUGCAGGGCUCCCCACGGGCUACGCGUUUUCCAUCCAGACUGCGACCGUGGCUGGGUACCUGAGCCUGGAGAAGGGCAGCUUCGUGGACAAGAUUCAGGUUCGGGUCGCGUAUGCGUCGAAUCCGUCGAGUGCGGACCAGGCGGCGGCCAAGAACCCGUAUGGCAAGUAUGGUGUUGGCUACGACGGCGCGUUCAGCCUGCCGCUGGCCCUGACGCCCGAGGGCGCGCGGUCUUCGCUCGCGACGUCGGGGUGCUCUGCCAGAGACGGUACCGCGGCGGUCACGGUGGCGCUGUGGAUCUCGCUGUCCCACGAGGCGAUUGAAUUCGACGACACCCUCCCGCACGCCGGGUCGGUUGGCGGUGAUGGACCGGGCCAGCAAGUGCGAGCUGCUUUGGAUACGCUGUGGACGCCGUUCUUCGUCAUGCCUUUUAUCGAGAUUUCCUCUGACGAUUCGAGCUCCCUAGCUCCCUCGCCCUCGCCGUCCCCGGCUCCCUCGCGCUGGCUGUCGCUGUCCCGUGAGGAUGACCCUUAUCCUCGUAGGAAGGGCGGCGAGGGUGACCAGGUUGACAUAGACUAG